CUGGUUCCCGGCCGGGAAGGUGGUCUUCCUCGCCCCCACCAAGCCGCUCGUGGCCCAGCAGCGCCUCGCCUGCGCCCGCCUCAUGGCCAUCCCCGCCCGACACAUGGCCCUCCUCACAGGUUCCACUCAGGCCCUCACCAGGAAGGAGAUCUGGACCAGUAAGCGGGUCCUCUUCCUGACCCCUCAAGUCAUGGUCAAUGACCUUUCUCGGGGCACCUGCCCCGCCGUUACAGUCAAGUGCCUGGUCGUCGACGAAGCCCACAGGGCUCUGGGGAAUCACGCCUAUUGCCAGGUUGUCAGGGAGUUGACGAAGUAUACGACUCACUUCCGAGUUCUGGCUCUCAGCGCGACUCCGGGCAGCGACACCAAGUCCGUCCAGCAGGUCGUUUCCAACCUCCUAAUCGGACAGAUAGAACUCCGUUCCGAAGACUCCCCGGAUAUCAUCCCUUACUCCCACGAGCGACGCGUCGAGAAACUCGUGGUGCCGCUCGGUGAAGACCUGGCGGCGAUCCAGGAUGCCUAUAUCCAGGUCUUGGAAGCCUUCGCCAGUCCCUUGAUCCGAAUGAACGUGUUGACGCGGCGGGACAUCUCCAACCUCACCAAGUAUCAGAUCGUUCUAGCCAGAGAUCAGUUUAGGAAAAACCCCUCCCCCAACGUCGUCGGGAUUCAGCAAGGCGUAGUUGAAGGGCAGCUCGCUCUUUGUAUUAGCUUAUAUCAUGGUUUUGAGCUACUGCAGCAGAUGGGACUGAGGUCAUUCUACAUGUUCCUGCGUGGAAUUAUGGACGGAACUAAAGGCUUGGCUCGUUCAAGAAAUGAACUCGGUCGGAACGGGGACUUCAUGAAGCUGUAUAAACUCCUGGAAGGCAUGUUCCCAGACAGUCGGACACCUACGGGAAGUAACGUCGGCAUUGGCGCCACCCGGAUAGGACAUGAAGAUCAAAAGAUUUUCUAUAGCCAUCCCAAAUUAAAAAAAUUAGAAGAAGUUGUAGUGGAACACUUCAGGACAUGGAAAGAUCACGGGGUAUCUGAAAACGGAUGUGAUAGUACCAGGGUUAUGAUCUUCUCCUCGUUUCGAGACAGCGUCCAAGAAAUUGCAGACAUGCUUCAUCAGCACCACCCUGUUAUCAGAGCCAUGUCGUUUGUCGGGCACGCUUCGGGGAAGAACGUGAAGGGUUUCACCCAGAAGGAGCAACUUGAGGUAGUGAGACAGUUUCGCGAUGGUGGAUAUAACACCCUGGUCUCGACCUGUGUUGGGGAAGAAGGUCUGGAUAUUGGAGAGGUUGAUCUUAUAGUCUGUUUCGAUGCCCAAAAGAGUCCAAUUCGCCUCGUGCAACGAAUGGGAAGAACCGGCCGCAAACGUCAAGGCAGGAUUGUGGUGAUUCUGUCAGAAGGAAGAGAAGAACGAAUGUAUAAUCAAAGUCAGUCGAACAGAAAAAGUAUUUAUAAAGCGAUUGCAGGAAAUAGCAAGGCCUUUCAUUUUUACCAAGAUAGCCCGCGUAUGGUUCCUGAAGGAAUCAACCCUAAACUGCACAAAAUGUUCAUCACUCCAGAAACACCCGAGCCAGCAAAGCCUUCCAAAACUCUGCCGCGAAAGUCAUCACUGUCUUCCUCUGGAGGGAAGCAGAGAAACUUAAAGGAAGGGUGGUGCCUUUCACAAGACGAAUAUGAAAUAUGGAACCAGCUCUAUAGAUUAAAAGAAAGUGAUCAAAUACAAGAAAUCAUCUUCCCCCGGGUCCAGUUUGCGUCUUUGCCGGACGAGAAAGAAAUACCACGACAGACCCCAAGAGCCGGUACCCGUGAACUGUCUCUCUAUGAGUGGAGAGUCUGGCAGAAUCAUCCUUUUCCCACUCAUCUCGUUGAUCAUUCAGAUCGUUGCUACCACUUCAUAAGCAUCAUGGAAACGAUCGAACUGAUGAGACACGAAGAGGGGGAAUGUAGCUACGAUCUGGAAAUUAAACCAUAUUUGCAAAUGGAGGACGUUACUUUCCCAGCGAGUGAUCUGAGGCGGAGCUGCGCCCUUCCCGUCUCCGGCCCCGCGAAACCACAGAGGGACGGGAUCGGCGAGCCGCCAUCCUCGGUCAUCGAGUCCGCCGACGGGCAGGCGUCCCUGUCCGAACCGCCAGCCGGGCCCAGAGCCUCCGGAACUCCGCAGCCCGGGCGAAGAACAAUCCUGGCGGAAGGGGAAAAAGCACAGCCCACUGAGGAAGAAGCCGAUAGUGGCGUUAAAUCCUCAAUAACUCCAGUUCACUCUCCUGCCCAUCGCUCGCUUCGGGACGGUCUCCCAGAUGCUAAAAUGGGGCCCACCUCAGAGCAGAUGACGGUCCAAGGAGAGACCAGUGAAAAAGCUGAGACUCCGUCAGGUGGGCGGUCACGCGAGGGUCAUUCUUCAACGACCAGUAAGUGCGCAGAUUCUGGUUAUAACAGUUUUACUGAGAAGUCAUCUGCUUUAUCCAGCAUAUUUUACCCUCCUGAAGAAGAACUGUUUUCAGCUGGAGCAGCUACUGAGUUUUAUGUAGGUGACCACUCGCUGACCCAGGAAAUGCUUGCUGACGUCGAAAGGUUUCUGUCACGGUCUCCCCCUCCUCUAAGUGAAAUCUAUGAUUUUGAAGAUGGCGGACUCCAAGCUCUUGCUUUAAAAAACAACUCUCCCUUCCCCAGCGCAGAGCAGUUUCACAACGACAGUCCCAUCCAUCCUGGGGCUCAUUCAACUAUGCAAACUCAACCGAGCCGGGAAUUAAAAUCGCCCCAAAACAGCCAACUUUCAAAAAUAAAUCUCUCCUCUGACGUGUUGCAUGACAGGCCUAGCUGGGAUGAUAUAUUUGACUGUGACGAUGAAGGGAACUUAGAUGUCCAAAGCGAAGAUCUGGAAGUGGAAAAUCACAUUCAGACAAACAGUGUUUCACAAAAAACCUUAAAUGGAGAAAGGCAUAAUGGAGCUUGUGGAAACCAUGUGGAAGGAUUGGAAAUCGAUCAAGAAGACAGCAUAAGAUUAUUUGAAGAUGCCGAUGAUGAAUUUCACAACAAAAGCCCUUCUCAUCUCAGCAAUAGCUGCAAGAUUUUAUUGACCCCAGACAGAGCUGUAGCAGAGGAAGUUCCUCUUGCCUUUCAGUCCUCCUUUUCUAGUGAACAGUUUGCAGGCAAUGAUGCCGAAUCCAGGAACCCGCUAGGGAACGACCUCGAAAUCCGGGAAUCUCCUGAAAACUUAUGGGGGGAGAGCAAGGACAAACUGCAGAAUGGUGAAGUGUAUGACAACUCUAAAGAAUUAUUUUCUAUUAACUUUGAUUUAGGGUUUUGCCUUUCAGAUUCCGAUGAUGAAAUCCUAGAGCAGGCAGCGGAUGUGGAUCCAGUUGAUAUUGAGAAACCAAGUCAUCUCUCUGGGAGCUCUGCGGGUUGCGGAAAUAAGAAGGGUACAGAUUAUAAAUUAAGUAAGGCAUCCUCACCUUGGGGUCAUAAUGAAAGUGAGACUCAAAGAGUAUUUUCCACCCCGUUAACCCUUCAGAAUCAUCGUAGGGGUUCGGAAAAACGAACCAAACCAUUUGAUCCGGAGUUUUCUCCUCUGAGUGAAGCGAAAGAAAGAGAAUCUGGAUCUCCUAAUUAUGCUGUCGCUGCUACGUCGUUUUCUUCACUGGGAGUUGAAAAGAUGGGGAGCACUCCGUCCUGCAGACCAGAUGCAAUGAAUUCAUCCUCCAAGACUGGACGGAAAGUACCUCAAACCCCAGCUACUCAUAGGCAUAGAGUAAAUCCAAGAAGUAUCAAAAAAGUUUUAAAUUCAACUUUUGAUAAUCCCGGACUAGGCACGGAAAAAGUGAAAAGCAACACAGAUGUAAGAUUGUAUGAGGCUGGUCCUUUUUCUGUGAAAGGAAGUAGCAACGAAAGUGACGAUGACGUGGUUUUCCAAAGAAAAAGUAAAAAAACCAAGAGAGAUACCUUGCAAUCCCCUGAGGAUUCGAAUAAGAGUGACCUAGAUUCUCCUCUUCAUGUCGUCAAGAAACGGAGGCAUCCAUUAAACACAUCUGCAGGGAGGCAGUUUUUAGAUGAAGAGGCAGAGCUUUCCCAAGGAGAUGGGGACACUGUUUCGUCAGAUGAAAGUGUUGACUCCGAAAAUGAACAGGACUCCAUGCUCCUUGAAUUCCUUAAUGAUGGAACGCAACUUUCCCAGGUUUUAAAUGAUUCGGAGAUGGAAGGUGUUUAUCUAAAAUCUGUUCACAGUCCAUGGAUGAGCAAUAAGUAUAAAAUGGUGCACAAGAGACGUGAUGUGACCACCGUUUUCUCUCAGAUUCCUGAGCAAGAUGAGGCUUAUUUAGAAGACAGCUUCUGUGUGGAGGAGGAAGAAGAAGUCCUUUGCAAAAGCGAUUCAGGCGAAGAGAUAUGCGUUGACUUCAACCUACUCAACGAAGAAUUUACCGGCAUCAGGAAAAUAUACCAGACUCGGCGUGCGGUGAAACUGAAGCAAGCCCGCGAAUUGCCACGAAAGAAAUUAUCCAGAAUUAUUGUUCUUGAUGACUCCAGCGAGGAGGAGGACGAUGCUAACGAGAAACCCGAGUCUAAUACGACAAAGGGUCCCAAUUCAAGCAAGGCAGAGCUUCAGGCUGACUGUUCUGUGUCCCGUUUGCCACCCGGCCCUUCCUUGCAGCCACGAGCCCACACGAGUCAGAGUGGUGCUCCCCAGUCACUGGCCCAGAAGCCCAAUCCUCUCGCUCUGAAGGCUGUCGUCUCCGAUGUGGUUGAUUUCCGGCCCGAUCGUAGGGAUGAUGUGAGGUGUGCCUUGCCGGCUGCAGUCACGGCCAAUUCGGGGAGAGACGGCGGGCAUCAUUCAGAGAAACUCAAGGGCGACGGCUCUCUGAAGGCUGUUGAGCCAGCUGCUUUACGCAGCUCCUUUCCAGAAGAACGUUCGGGUCGGCCAGACGCCGCAGAGGACCAAAGAAGACAGACCUGCAUUCUGGUAGAUUGCCGGGAGAUCUCGUCCGGCUCGGAGAUCAUUUCUUCCCUAAAGACAGUUCAUAAAUUAGACGUGGAGGUGUGUUCCCUCAACGGCUGUGAUUAUAUCGUGAGCAACCGAAUGGCGGUGGAAAGAAAAUAUCUGUCUGAGUUGUUGAACAGUCUGAACAGAACUAAACUUGUGGAGCGGAUUCAGCAUUUGCAAAGCAUGUUUGAAAGAAUAUGUGUGAUUGUGGAAAAGGACCGAGAAAAAACAGGAGACACGUCGAGGUUGCUUCAUAGAACCAAGAGCUACGAUAGCCUGCUGGCUGCCUUAAUCAGCGCCGGAAUCCGAAUUCUUUUCAGCUCUUGCCAAGAGGAGACUGCGGAUUUGCUCAAAGAACUGGCUUUGGUGGAACAGAGAAAGAAUGUCGGAAUUCAAGUGGCGACAGCGGUGACAGGCAGCCGGCAGGGAACCCUCCGGUUCUACCUGACGAUUCCCAACGUAAGCUACAUAACCGCGUUGAACAUGUGCCACCACUUUCCGUGCGUGCAAAAGAUGGCCAACAGCUCACUCGAGACAAUUGCUUUCUGUGCACAAGUGACUCACCAGAAAGCCGAGGAGAUCUACCGGUACAUUCACUAUGCCUUUGAUGAACAAAUGUUGCCAGACAACCUUAAUCCUGGCAAGGCGAAACCCAGUUUGCAAUAGCGGGGCCCAGGAAAGGACUGCAGGGAACUCCGGAGGCCAAAAGUGCACUUUAUUAAAUAACUCCAUUUGUGAGUAAGGGGUAAGAUAUGUAAAUAAGAGUGUAUUUCAUUAUUUUCUAAGGUUAUUCUAGUUGUAUCUUCACCUAGUAUUUCUGUGGACUGUGAUUUAUUUUAAAAAGCUCAUAUUUACAAAGUGCAUUGUGAAUCUCGACCUUUUUGUUCACUGGAGGGGAGGGGAGGCUAUUGGAAAUAGCGUGUGGGUGUGUUUAUUUGUAUCUGUGUCCAAACCUUGGUGGGGGGAGGUGAGGGAGAGACAGAGAUAUCAGGAUAUGUAUAUUUGUGUAUAAAUAAGAGAGGUAAGGGAAACAUUCAUGAACUUUUUGAGCUGAGGGCAAAGGAGAUCCGGGUUAUUGUGAAAAUUAGCCCUCUCGAGAUUUUAAUAAAGUAGAAUGUUUCUAUUUAAAAAUCAAA